CCAAGCGUGUAGUAAAUGUUGCCUACCCACUCGCACCUAACCAAGUGAAAGUAAACCUCAUUUUAAUCAGUGAUGUAGUUCGUGGAAUCCGGACCCGUUAGUGCAACAAAUGUAACACUCAACAAUUCUAGGCUAGUAACAACUGAUUCAUGUGUUAUUAUCAUGAUCCUGUUAUCGCCACUCAAAGUGACUUUUUAAAAACCGAACUGUGUCAAAAAUGACCACACUAACCCGCGACGAGUGUGACCUCAUAGUCAAAAAACACCUCGACACUGACGACGUUAUUGUCUCCGACUUCGCACUACAACCACUAGGGGGCGAAAACUUCGAACUCAAGAUCAACAUCUACGAGAAACAAGAAGCCAAAAGUGUGACAUUUUUUGUCAAAACGGGUCCAAACGUAGCGCAAACCUUGGACACGAAUUUUUCCCCGAAACUCUACCUCAAAAAAGACAACCUAGCCGUCUAUGAACAUCUAGGGCAAAAUUUUGAAAACCGUGGACGCCUACUGAACACCGAAGAGCUACAAAUCAUUCUAAAAACAUUGGCGGCGUUCCAUGCAUCAAACUUCGUCUCUGAGCUAGAUCACUCGAAUUUUGAUCUAUCGUCACCCGCGGUCACAAGUUUGUUGUCGUCGGUGCUAGAAAAUGAAGCCCAGGUGUCCAAAACCAUCAAAAAUCUGCGCCAAAAACACCUCGAGUCGAAAUUCAGACGAACUCUGUGUCACGGCAACCUGACUAAUCGAAACUUGAUGUUCAAAAACAACAAAGGUGCUGUGACUGAUUGUAGAUUGUUGAACUUCACAGCUGAUUUUUGCGUACCUCCAAUCUACGACGUUCUUCAGUUGAUUUUCUUCAAUACGAGUGAGGAUUUGAGACAGAGUCACUUCCAGGCUUUGCUCGAUUAUUACUAUGAGUGUUUGAAAGAAGAAACGACGAAGGGUGACUUGGACGUCACUGUCGACGAUUUUCGAUUAAGUGCCCAUUAUUAUCUACCUGUGGUUAAAUUACAAGCUGCGCUUCACCACCAAAACGAGACUAGUGUACAAGAAUUGAAAGAAAGUCUAGCUGAUCCGUUGCUUUCCAAAGAAGAUUGUUACGUGAUUGUCAAAAAUAAAAUCAGAACUACCAACUACCAGUUUCUGUGUUAUAAAGUGACACCGCUGAGUGAUGUUAGUGGAUUUUUGGGUCAAUACCACAAACUACAGAUCAAAAUUCGUCUUCAGUUGGACGAAACGACUGUCAAUUGCUUCAUUAAAUCAGUCCCAAGACUCGGUAUUUCUAUGGACAUUGCCAACGAUCUUAACAGUUUUUCAAGAGAAUUCUUCGUCUACGAAACAAUAGUCGCACUAAUGCUAAACCACGAAAUCAACAUCAUCAACGACUGCAUACCACCAUGCUACUUUUACAGACCCAAAGAGUUCAUGCUCUUUGAAAACAUGGCUCUUCUCGGCUACCAAAAUUUAGACGCUAUGGAACCUCUAAAUUUCAACAUGCUCACUUUGUUGGUCAAAACGUUGGCCAAAUUUCACGCUUGUUCUCUCCUUCUUGAAGAAAAAAUAUCUCAAAAGGAAGGAAAACCCUACUCUUUGUACAACUCCUACAAAGAAUAUUUCACCGAACCCCUGUUCUUCGAGGACGAGAAACACAGAGGUGCCAGACAGUCAGCAACUGGACUCAAAGCAGUCCUAGCCGCCGUCAAACUCUUACCAGACAUCCAAACUCCAACAAACCAACGCAACUUUGACGCAUUUUGGCCAAAAUUCAGAGAGUUGUACUACACAGUGGCCAGACCCUCGGACCGUUUUCGGAACGUGUUGUGUCAUGGAGAUCUGUGGACCAGCAACAUGAUGGUCAAAUACGAAGACGGCGAAGCUGCCAAAUGUGUCUUGUUUGAUUUCCAAAUUGUUAGAUAUUGUCCUCCUGUUUAUGAUCUGCUUUCGGUGCUUUAUUUAACCACACAUCGUUCCACAAGACUGAAGUAUGAAGAUGAACUCGUUCGAACUUACUACGAUGAAUUGGGGCGGAUUCUGAAGUGGUAUGGGGUCGAUGUUGGGGAUUUUUAUUCGUAUGGGGAUUUUCUGGAGUGUCUUAAUUAUAUCAGGCCUCAUAUGUUGAUGCAUGCGGCGUAUGAAUGCACUCAGACCAUGUGCACACCCGAAGAAAUUUCGGCCUUUGUGAGCGAUGAAGAAGCAUUAAACCAAAUGUUUUUUGGAGAUCGGACCGAGUUUAUGACGGUCAUGUGUGAAAAAUCUGAGUUGUAUAGAAAUAGACUGAAGGAAUGUAUUUUGGAUAUUUAUGAUUACUGUGAUUCUAUGUGUGGUAAAUAAAUCUGAUUUCUUGUG